GAGACCGAGAGAGGGAGAGCUAUAUAAAUAGCAUUUUGUAUGCUAGUACUAAGCACUGCAUAGGUCAGAUACGAAUGAGUCCUUUGGCAUUUUCAAAGCUAUGUGAAACUCUCACUCAAAAAGGACUUUUACAACCCACGGUGCACAUGUCUGUGAGAGAGCAAGUGAUGAUUUUCUUAAAAAUAGUUGGACAUAAUUUGAGAUUUCGGUUGGUUGGAAGUGUCUUUCAUCGGUCGAUUGAAACCAUACACCGAUAUUUUCUUAUUGUUCUGGGUGCCAUUUUGAAGUUAUAUCCAGAGCUCAUUAGACUACCAGGUGUUUCCACUCCAAUGGAGAUACGAAAUAAUCGAAGAUUUUAUCCUUGGUUUUCGGAUUGUGUGGGAGCUAUUGAUGGGACACAUAUCCAGGCAUCAAUUCCCCUUGAACUUCAAGGGAGGUUUCGUGGGGGAAAGGGAUGGACAUCGCAAAAUGUUUUAGCAGCCAUCACUUUUGACCUCAAGUUUGUAUAUGUACUUGCGGGUUGGGAGGGCUCAGCACAUGAUUCCCAUAUCUUGAAUGAUGCAAUUUCGAGGCCCAGGGGGCUUCAAGUCCCUGAAGGUAAAUAUUACCUUGCUAAUUCUGGUUAUGGCAUUAGAAGUGAAUUCAUCCCUCCAUAUCGUGGUGUACGAUAUCACCUAAAAGAGUAUAGUAACCAUGAGCCUGAAAAUGAAAAAGAGCUUUUCAAUCAUCGCCACUCUUCAUUGCGAAGCACUGUUGAACGGGGGUUUGGAGUGUUAAAGAAGAGAUUUCGUAUGCUUGGCGGAGAACCUUAUUUGAAAUAUGAGCAAAAAAAGUGAAUCCAGGGGCAAACAAUUUAGGUGGUCAAAACCCAUGGAGCGUGAGUUGUUGGAAGUUCUUGUGGAUGAGGUGAAAAUUGGGAAUAGACCUAACAACACUUUUAGAACAAGCUCAUUCAAUCGGGUGUUGAGUGUCACAUUUAAGAAAUUCAACGUUGAAUGUUCAUCAGAUCAUGUUGAACAUCAUCUUAGAAUUGUGAAAACUGCAUGGGGUAUCAUAGCUCAACUUCGGGAUAAAUCUGGAUUUGGAUGGGAUGACAACAUGAAGAUGAUAAUUGCUAGUCCAACUGUCUACACAGAACAUGUUCAGGUGCCAUUCUUAAGUUAUUUUACUCUCUAUUGGCUUGAGUUUCUAGUCUUUUUUUUAAACUUGUCAGUGUAACUUUUAUUGCUUGAAAAUAGGCACAUCCAACUCAUGAAGAGUAUCUUAACAAGAAGAUUGAAAUGUAUGAAAAGAUAGCUUUAGUGGUGACCAAAGAUCGUGCAGAAGGGAAUUUUGCUAAAUCAUUCAAUGAUGUUGACUUGGAAGCUCGGCCAGAUAUUGAACCAAUAAAUUGAGAUGAUGACAUUGCCAUUGAAGACAUCUCUAAGGACAAGAAUGCUGGAAAACAAUCGGCAUCCUCGAGUGAAACUUCUGCCCAACCAAGACGUCAUUGCAAGCGUGGUCGUGAUCCUCAUGAUGAGGAGUUGGAUAUCAAAACAAUUUCAAAAAAGCUUGGGCAAGUUGCGGAUGCAAUUACUUGGCUGACAUGGGAUAGGCUUGAUGUUCAAGCUCUUCACGAUGAACUGAUGAAGAUAGAAGGUUUUGAUGAGACUUUUCUAGGCUCAACUUUUGCUUAUUUGGUUGAGCAUGAAAGGCUUGGGAAGGCAUUUAUGGCGAAGAGCAUUAACCUCCGAAGGAUUUGGCUUGAAGAUUUUAGUAGCCAUAAAUUUUGAAGUGAAUUAUAUCUAGUGUUCUAUGACUUACCAGUUCUUGUUGCUAGUAGCAUAUCUUUUUGUUAAAAAAUCUUAUUUGUUGCAAGGGUUAAUUUGUAUUUCAAUUUUGAUAGUAACGAUGGAUAAUUGGGUUAUUCAGUUGAUGCUUUAGUUAUUUGCAUGAAAUGGAUCUUGGGUUUUGCUCAAAGAUGGAUCUGGAGAGCUUAUAUGAAUUGAUUGCGUCAAUUUGGGAACUGCUCAACUAGUGCAUUCAUAUUUAUUUUGAAUGUGGUUUUAAAAUGCUUGGGAGGUUCUUUAUCUAACUUCAAAUUGCUCAACUAGUGUAUUCAUAUUUAUUUUGAAUGUGAUUUUAAAAUGCUUGGGAGGUUCUUUAUCCAACUUCAAAUAACAGGUUAGUGCAUAACCUUUGUGUGGAAAACUAUUUUGACAACCAAACGAUGGAAAAUCAUUGUUUUGAAAAAUAUUUUUCAUGUACCAACCAAACACCGGAAAAUGAAAGUUUGAAGUUUGUUUUCUGAAAAAAUAUUUUACAUGGAAAACAUUUUACAUUAUAAAACAUUUUCAUCGAAACAAACGGAGCCAUAGUGUAGAAUAAAUGAGGAAGAUGAAGGAGAGAAAAUUUCAUGAAUGAACAAAGGAGAGAGAGUUGUGGCAGUCAAAAGAUAACAAUACAGAUGGAAAGUUUGUGAUUCGACAGAAAAUACUCUCGUUGUCUUUACACAUUGGGGCAUUCUUGUCUUUACACAUUGGGGUAUUUUGUCUUACAUGAUCUAAUUUUUUUUAAUGGCUAGUAUGAUGUAAAUUCUAGACUACAAAUAGAAUUCCCUUUUUCUUUUUGGGAAAUUCCUGACCGGUCCUAUUUUUUUGCUUUGGGUUUCAUGCGGACCCCCUUUUAUAAGCUAUUCCAAUCCAAGCCAUUUUUAAAAGUGCUUUGGGUUUCUUGGUAUGAAUUCUUUGGUGUGUGAAUUCAAACCCAAAAUUCACAGCCCUUUAUAGAAUUCACAACGCAUUUGCAGAAUUCACAUCCUAUUGGCACUAUACACGCCAUUUUUAAAAGUGCUUUGGUUUUCUUGGUAUGAAUCCUUUGGUGUGUGAAUUCAUACCCAAAAUUCACAACACUUUACAGAAUUCACAACCCAUUUGCAGAAUUCACAUCCUAUCGGCACUAUACACGCCCAAAAUUCACACCUCUCAAAUUACACAAUUCACGCCAACAAAAUCAAAAAGAUUUUACAACAACAAAAUCAAUUAAAAACAAUAACCGACUCGUCUAGAAUUUCACAAGUAAAAACUCGUCUAACAAUGAAAUUCAAGACUUUUGAAGAGAUUAAAACCUAAAUCCAAGACAUCAAAACACAAGAGUAGAUCGAAGUAGUAAUAUAGAAAACAAAAGCGCUUAUCUCAGAUCGAGAAAUUGACAAACCACAAAAUAAGAUUCAAUUUCAAUCACGAGCCUUGAGCUUCUCCAGCCGCUUAAUCAGCAGAUCGAGGCGAACGACGUGGUCGGUGAUGGAGUAGAUUGGAGCCAGUAGAAGACAAGGGCAGUGGCAAUGAGGAGGGCGUUGCGGUGGCGGAGGUGGUCGGAGGGGCUGCAGUGGUCGGUUUUGCAGGAGGGGCGGGUCUCGCACUUCUGGUAUAUGUCCAUGAGGAGGAAAAGGCAGAAGGGGACGAUGGAGAGGAAGGGCAUGAGGAGGGAAUGGGGGUAUUUUGGGUACAUCAUUUGAAAUAGGGCUUGGACAAAAAGGGUUUGACGCGGGGUGGAGCUGGAC